CAGUUUCUAGAUUUCUGUGGAGUAAAUGGCAGAAUUUAAAUCACAAAGCCUGGGUGUGCUAUUUGCUUGUUUUUCCUCUAAAAGUGUAUCUUGAGUUUGUUUGUGUCCUGCUUUAGAGAAUUUCAUUCUUAAAGAAAAUCUUUAAUGACUGCUUCUCUAACUCCCUUGCUUUACAAAGCAGAGAGACUGAACCAAUGAGCUACUGCCAUUCUGUUUCCAUAGCAAUAAAAGAAACAAACCUUUGUGUCUAUCUCCCAAAGACAAACCUUACCCAACUCAAGGCCCAAGUCAAGAGAAUUGAAAUGGAGACCUGACUUCAAUUGCAAUACUAAGAGAUUCAAACUGGAUUGUUUCUGAAAAGAAAAAUUUGUGCUCACGCCAGUUCAGCUUUUGUUUAAAAAAAAAAUCUUUGCUGGAGUCACUGGAACUCAAUCUUUCUAUACUGUUAUGUUCCGUGGAUUUUACUGGUUGGCAUUUUAGGCACUUGGAAUGACCAAUAAAAUUUCAAGUUCUGAAAUCUCCAGAUUUGACCUAAAAUGAAUCCUGAUUUUUGUGUUGAAGUGAGAGACUCCUGACCUAGCAGUGCCCAGCUCCCUGUGAUGUACCCCAAUCCUCUCAUCUACUGCACCUGCUGGGACCCCUGGAACCUGGGGCCACGGAAACUAAUCAAGACCCCUCAACCACUGGACAAGACAUCUCUAAGGAGGCCCAAGCUAGAGUCUUUGAUUCCCGCUUCAAAAAAGCAAUGUGACGUUCACCCAAUAGCAAAACCUGCUGUCACUCCAAAAAAGAAAUUCCAUAUUGGAAAACAAGAGGAGAGCAGCGCAUUGCAUUAUGAAGUGAUCAACGUGUCUCCUGGGUAUAGCCUCAUGCGAAGCAAGGAGCAAAUUACUGUCACCUUGGGAGAUGAGAUGUUUGGCAGAAGAAAGGAACCAGAUCCAGAGCUCAUGAAAAAACUCCAAAUUCCCAGGACUGAUAUCAUUGCUGAUCUAGAAGACCAGAUCUCAGAGCUGACAGCGAUAAUAGAACAGAUGAACAGAGACCACCAGUCUGCCCAGAAAUUGCUGGCCAAUGAAAUGGAAAUCCGAAGUGCUGAGAUGCAGCAGAACUUUGAGAACAAGACCAGACUAGGGACAGGAGCCAGUGUUUCAAAGAUGGACAAGACAAGUGAAAAGAGGGAACUCAAAGAGACUCAUGCAGCAGAGCUCAGUGAGUUGGAGAACAACUACAAAGCAGCCUUGAAGGCAGAGAAGUUGGCUGCCCAAGAUAAACUAGAGGAGAUGGCAAAGGAUUAUAAGUAUCUGAAGAAUAUGUUCCAGAUGUAUCAGGAUAGCGUGCAUGAAGAAAUGGAAGUGAAGUGGUCAAAGAAGAAGGCAGAAUUGGAGAGGGAUGAGAAGGCAGAGCGUGAAAAGAUCUUGCAACAGCAAAAAUACAGGAUAACAAGGAAGUUUGAGUUAGAGACCAUAGAAGAAAAGAAGAAACUCAGCAACUCUUACAUGGCUGCCUUAGAGAGUUUCAAUCAAGAGAAGGAGGAGCUUUUGAAACAACAUGAAAAGGAUACCUUGCAACUAGAGGAACUGAGAAAAUCCAAAAAGAUCAUAGAGGAGGAGCUGCAAGCACAAGCUGUCAUCCUGGAAUCCCUUAACACGAGCCUCUACCAAACCCAGAUGGAACUCCAGCGAGAGAAAACUAUGGCUGGAAAUCUGGAGAAAACAUUCCAGACCAAAUUCGCUGAAGCUGAAGAAAAACUUAAAUACACCAUACAACUACUGACAGAAGAAAACAUCCUCUUAAGGCAAAAGAUAAUUGCCAAGAAUGAAGAAAUUUAUGAAGAAAGAUCUGGGAGACUGACCUCUCUUAGUACUUAUGAUAGUUGUUGUGACCCUUCAGAAGAGGAUGGCAACAAAAAACAAGAAUCGUGAACUAGAAAGUUGUUCUCCAUCACUAUGGAGAUGGUGGGAGCCCCCACUCUGUAAAGCUGGAGCACUCCUGGGAAGAAGUGCAUGUGGGCUUAGUUCAUGGGUUACCUUGAUUCUACUCUUGUCUUUUCACGUGCUGGAAAUGUUUGAAUUUUCAUCUAAAUUACAUAGAUUUUCAUAACUUCA